CGGGGGAGGGGGACACCCGGAGAUAGGGCUGCCCCACCCAGGACAGAGCUCACUCCUGGGGCCUGUGGGUUCUCCAAAGGUAUCCCAACAUGGACGGGCAGCAUUCUGAAAAGUCACAGAGCGACACCACGGCUGAUAGGACGUCAUCAGCCAUGUCCCAGAACCCCAGGGCAGCCCAGCGCCAGGCUGGAACACGUGGGAACCCAGAAGGGGAUGCCCCAUGCCCUGCUUCCCACAGAAUCUCCUCCCCUAUCUCCAGAUCCAUGAAGGACCUGUCUUGUAUGAAGGUACCUCAGGACCCUGCUCACAGGGACAAACAGGCACACCCCACCACCAUUCUUCUCUGCAAGUCACGGAGCAGCCAGGCUGCUCUGAUGCCCAAGGAGCACAAGAUGUUCAUGGAGGAAGCCUACAAUGCAGCCAUUUGCUUCAAGAUGCUCCGUGACCUGAAUGGGUCAGAUCCCCUCCAUCUGAAGUACAUCAUCAAGAAGAUCAAAGGCAUGGCUUACAGAGCCCCCAACCUGGUGCUGGAAACCAUCCAUGACUACUUGGUAGACAAUCCAGAGAUCUCCUCCCGGCACAAGUUCCGGCUUUUCCACGUCCUGGAGGCAGUCAUUGAAGCCAGCAACUCCCUGGAAGAGGCCUGGCAGAAAUCAUUCAUGCAGCUGGCCCUGGAGAACAUGACCAAGUCCACGGAGCUGGAGGAGGUGUACCAGGACGCAGCCAGCGACGUGCUGCUGGCCAUCUGUAGGCACUCAUGGCGCGUGGUGGCCCAGCACCUGGAGACCGAGGUCCUGACGGGAGUCUUCCCUCACCGCAGCCUCCUCUACGUGAUGGGCAUCCUGACCUCGAAUGAGGCCAUCUUCAAUGAGGGAGAGAAGGCAUGCUGGGAAGAGCAGCUGGCCCAGUUGGCCGUCAAGUCGGUCCAGUUCCUGAACACAGACAUGUGGUCCAAGGAGCUGCUGUUGGCACUCACCAAGCCCGACCGGACACAUCAGGAGCAGCCCCCCGAGAAGGCUUUUCUGUUCAUCUACUAUGGGCUGAUCCUUCAAGCUGAGGACAACAGCACCACCGUCAGGACACACCUGAGAACCCUCCUGGACACGUCCCAUCAGUGGCCCAAGCAGAGGGAGGGUAUCGCGCUCACCAUAGGGCUGGCCGCAGCCCGCCACCUGGACCACGUCUGGGCUGUCCUGGAGCAGUUUGGCCGCAGCACACCCAUUAAAUGGAGCCUCCACAGCUUCUGCCUGAAGGGAAGGGUCAGGAGGGCCCUGACACUCCAUCUCUGCCCCCGCUGUGGUCAGAACGCAGAGGACCUCCAGUGGAAGUGGGCCAGCAGUACCAUCCUCCUGUCCUACGGUCAGAUGGCGGUCAGGGCCAAGGCGCACAUCCUCCCGUGGGUGGACAACAUCCUGUCGCGGAUGGUCUUCUAUUUCCACUACAGCUCCUGGGACGAGACCCUGAAGCAGAGCUUCCUUAGCGCUGUCCUCAUGCUGGUGGGGGCCGUCAGCCGUAACGAGGGGGCCCACAGCUAUGAGUUCUCCCAGGUGUCUGAGCUCCUCGAUUGUCUGAUGGUUUUGAUGGAGAAGGAACCCCGGGACACGCUGUGCACGCCAACCCGCCAGCAGACCAUUCACAUCAUCUCCAGCCUCUGUAAGCUGAGGCCGCCCCUGGACUUGGAGAAGAAGUCACAGCUGCUGUCCACCUGCCUCCACAGCGUGUUGGCCCUGCCACUGCUAGACGUCCUGGAGAAACACACCUGUCUCUUUCUAGAGCCGCCCAACAUACAGACCCUCUACAACAAGACCUCAAGUGCCCUGGACCAGUUGCUGCAGAGCUUCAUCAUGCAGAGCCCCACGACCGACGAGCUGCACUUACUGCUGUCGCACCUGUACCCCUGGCUGGCGUCGGAGAAGGCUCAGGAGCGGCAGCGGGCUGUGGACCGCAGCACCGCCCUCCUCAGAUUCCUGAGCCACAGCCACUCCCUGGACCCAAAAGAGGACUUCAGGCGGAUUGGGCAGCUGGUGGGCAUGCUGGGGAUUUUGUGCCAGGACCCGGACAGGGCCAUCCAGCAAUCUAGCGUGGAAGGGCUGGGCCACCUGUAUCAGCUCCUAAUAAGCCAGACAGCCAGGGCAGCUCCGAUGGUGAAUGCGCAAGCCCCCAAGCAGCUUUCCCCGGCCAGCGUGGAUGGGGCUCCCGUCUGGAGCAGCGGAGACCAGAAGACAGCUCCCCCCACCCCUCCGGAGAUGACAUUCCCAAAGGAUCACAUCUUCCAGCUUGACAGCUCCCAAGUCAUCAAGGAGGUCAUGAAGCAUCUCACGAAGGCAGAGCUGACCGACCUCAUCUGGACAGCCAUCGAAGGCCUGGGCUCCGCCAGCCCCUUCCGCGUUCAGGCAGCCGCCGACAUGCUGCUCACCACCAUCAGGGAGCAUGGGGCCAAGCUGGAGACCGUUGCCAACCUGGGCCGGGCCAUCCACUUGCAGCUCUGCUCUGUCUGCAUCCCCCAAGCCAAGGAAAAGGCUCUGCACGCCAUCACCCUGCUGGCCCAGAACCACACCCCCGAGCUGGUGGCCACCUUCCUGGACUUCUCCGUACCCCUGGACAGCCACGCCUUCUGCUUGUGGAGGGCCCUGGGGGCCGAGCAGCCCGUGAGCCGCCAGGUACUGGCUGUGCUGCUGGCCUGGCUGCAAGAGCGGGCCCUGCCCCCCGGGCCCCGAGACGGCAGCCCCCAGCCCAAGGACAAGCCCUGCCCACGCUCGCUCGCUGCCAUGAACAUGCUGCAUGAGCUGCAGUUUGCGCGGGAGUUCAAGAAGGCCGUGCAGGAGGCCUUCCCGCAGCUCCUCCUGGCCCUGCUCGCCCAGCUGCACUACACCCUGGAGCUGCACCUGCCCCAGGAGCCGCACCUGCCCCAGGAACCGCUCCUGCCCCAGGAGCCACACCUGCCCCGGGAGCCACACCUGCCCCAGGAGCCGCACCUGCUCCAGGAACCGCACCUGCCCCGGGAGCCACACCUGCCCCAGGAACUGCACCUGCCCCAGGAGCCCCAUCUGCCCCAGGAGCCGCACCUGCCCCAGGAGCCGCGCUCAGCCCUGGAGCCGCAGCCCGGCCACGAGGCCCCAGAGGCCAUGCCCAGCCCGCACAGCACAUCCCUAGAAGCACUGAAAAGCCUGCUGUCCACCACGGGCCACUGGCAGGACUUCGCUCACCUGGAGCUGCAGGGCGGCUGGAAGCUCUUCUCCACCAUCGACACCUACCCACAGGGCGUGAGUCUCCUCGCCAGGGCCAUGGUGCAGAACCACUGCAAGCAGAUCAAGGCCGUGACCAGCCAGCUGCUGCCCAAUCUGCAGAGCAAGGAGGCGCGGGAGCGGAAGGUGGCCAUCCUCAUCCUCACUGAGUUCCUCUACAGCCCCACCCUGCUGGAGGUACUCCCCAGGCAGGCUGCCCUGAUUGUACUGGCCCGAAGCCUCAGGGACCCCAGCCCCGAGGUCCGCGUGUUGAGCCUGCAGGGCCUGGGAAACAUCCUCUUCCACCCAGAGAAGGAAAGCCUGCUCCGCAGACAGCUGCCGCCCUUCCUCGACGGCUUCUUCCAGAACAACGAGCAGGUGGUCGUGCAGGUCAUGGGCACCGUGUCGGACGUGCUGCACCGCCUGGGCGCGCACAGCGCCGCCGCCCAAAGCCUGGGGGUCGCCAUCAACGCCCGCUCCUUUUUCGACGACGCAGGUCCAUCUGUGACUCCGAGCCCCCGGGACUUGCAGGAGCGGGAUGGCAUCCGGGCGGCGGCCAUGGCAUUGUUCGGGGACCUGGUGGCCGCGAUGGCGGGCAAGGAGCUAAGCAGCCUGCGGACCCAGGUCCACCAGAGCAUGGUGCCCCUCUUCCUGCACCUGAAGGACCACUGUCCGGGUGUCGUCACGCAGGCCAAGUUCACCCUGUACCGCUGCGCGGUGCUGCUCCGCUGGCGGCUCCGGCACACGCUCUUCUGCACGCUGGCGUGGGAGAGGGGCCUCAGCGCCCGCCACUUCCUCUGGACCUGCCUGAUGACCCACAGCCAGGAGGAGUUCGGCAUCCACCUGGCGCAGGCCCUCAGCUACCUGCACAGCCGCCACCGCCACAUCAAGACCUGGGCAGCGCUCUUCAUAGGUUACACCAUCUGCUACCACCCCCAGGCCGUGUCCCAGAUGGUGAGCAGCGUCGACACAAACCUGCUGUUCUCCACUUUUGAAGAUCUCAAAAAAGACCCGGAGCCCAGCAUCCGAGUAUUCGCCACCAGGCAGCUCUACUUCCUCCAGAAGGUGGCGGCCAGACCGUAGUGACCUCCUCCGCCUCCCUCGCCCCCGUCCCCUCCCCCGUGCCCACCGCACUGGUCAGCCCUGCCCCAUCCACACAGAGCUCGGUUGCAUAACAUUUUUCCACUUGAAAGAAAGAUCUAGAUUCAACAAAGAGCGUCGCACCUGUCGGCUCCCUGCCCACCACCUGGCCCCAGAGGAUGGAGGCCAGCCCAGGCGACACUGGCCGACAGACCAGGUCUCCCAGAGACAAACCGUGACGUGUGUGCAGGGCCCCCCAGUGACCGCCCCUCCCUGCCCGUGCGCCCCUGCGGGGGUCAGGUGGAAGCCCCCCGACCCGACCUGACCAGAGCCCAAGCCAGCAGAUGGAGCCGUUCACCGGGGCCUCCCUGACCCCCAAGUCCUCACCCCUACAGUCCCUGCCCAGCUGCGGGGGGUGGGGGGAACGGCCGUUGGCUGGCCUCCUUCAGGCCACAGGACUCCAGGUCUCUGUCCACCCUGACCCCAUCCUCGUGGGGACAGUCAGGACCAGAGCCAGACCUUCCCAGUGGGGCCGGGAUGAGCCAUGUGGCCUGAGGCAAGGGUCUCUGCUUCCCGAGCCUCAGCUAUUCCAUCUGUAAAAUGGGUACUAAGACCUGCCUCCCAGACCCCUCCUGAGUCCACAGGAGGUCCUGACCUCGCAGGCACCCCCGCCUCCCAGGGGGCCACCCGGAGACCCGCUGACCAUCAGUCAGGUCCUCCCUUCUCAGCCUUGGUUUGCCCACAUGUGAAAUGGGCAGAUGGGCCUCUCCCCUGCCCGCUGCAGUUCCUCAGAGCCUCACCCCAGGCCAGCCGGCCCCCCACUUGUGUGCCAGGUGCCCACACUGACCCCUCCUUCCACCUGGAGCACGUUCCCACCCUCCCCCCCGGGGGGCCCUCCACGCUGCCCCGUGCCCCGGGGGCCUGCCUGCAUGUCCCCGCCACAGGGAGCCCCCAGCCAGCCCCUCCUCAGCCACGGAGCCUGGGCCUCCCCUCCCUCGCACCAGACCCCACCCCCCAGAGACUGUGAGCCCCUCGGGGCAGGGAUUCGGCCUCCAGGGUGGGCACAGGGGGAGUCCCCGCAGCUUGGACCCUGGGUUGAAAAAAUACAGCGAGCUUCACAGAGCACAGAUUUACUAGCCUUCUCGGAGGUGCUUCGUUUGGUGGAGCUGGGGGCCCCCCUCCCUGCCCCGGGGCACAGAGAGGGCUGAGAUCUCCCCCUCCCUAUGUCUUAUCCGUCUGUCCAUCUCUGAACAGGGCCACAGAGGAGCGACUCUGGGGAGGGGAGGGCGUCUGCCUUUUCCCCACUCCCAUCCUGUGCACUAACCUCCGUGGGUGCUCCACCCCCCAGCCGGGGCAGGGGGGCCAUGCUCCAGGUUCACGGGGUCCCCUGGGGCCAGCCUGGUGGCUGUGGCCCCUGGGCAGAGCUACCAUCGCCCCUAAAAGGGGAGACUUCCCUGAGUUCUCCCACCAGGUGCUCCCUCCGGCCCCGGCUGGGCCGUGGGCAAGGAGGCCUCCUCCACACUCUCCUCCGGGAAGCCCGGCUCAGGGAAAGCCGGGGGCCGAGUGGGCCUGCACCCCAUGGGUUCCCAGACCACAGUGGUGUGAUAGACAAGCCUCGAGUCUGGAGGCGGGGAGGGGCCCAGCUCCGACCUAGCAGGCCGCUGGGCUCUAUGGAGCCGGGCACACGGAAGGCGCCCCAUUAG